CGGGUUUCUGAUUAGUGUGAUUUAUAAUCAGGCGGACAUUAAACCCCCCGGGGGUCCUGGUGGUGCAGAAUAAACAGUGUUCUAAACGUGUGCUUUAGUCACGUGUCUGAUGUAGGACGUCUUUAUUGGCUGAAAUCAGACACGUGAUUACGUAACAGAACGGAGAUGUGAGCGCUCCUAGGGGGAUCAGCGGGCUUUAGGGCACUGAGAGGAACGCCGAGAGGAGCACUGAGAGGAACGCCGAGAGGAGCACUGAGAGGAACGCCGAGAGGAGCACUGAGAGGAACGCCGAGAGGAGCACUGAGAGGAACGCCGAGAGGAGCACUGAGAGGAACGCCGAGAGGAGCACUGAGAGGAACGCCGAGAGGAGCACUGAGAGAAACGCCGAGAGGAGCGCCGAGAGGAACGCCGAGAGGAGCGCUGAGAGAAACGCUAAGGAACGCCGAGAGGAGCGCCGAGAGGAGCACCGAGAGGAGGAACGCGAUGGCAGCCGCGGAGGUAAGCAGCAUGGCGCGGGUUUUAGCGUUUCAGACUCAGAUCGCCUCGGUGAUGGAGGUGUUUGCUAACGCCGCUGUGGCGGAGAUCUGUAAGGUGGUGGAUGUGAGCUUCACCGAGCUGCACAUGGAGAUGGUGAAGAGCCAGAAGGAGAACAUUGUGCUGAAGCGCAGGCUGAAGAUGAUCGAAAUGCGGGAGUCUUUUUACAGAAGAGCCAACAGGAUGAAGGACACGCGGGGAGAGGGUGGGAGGGUGAGGGUGAAGAUCAGUGCAGUAGAGCCUGAAAGAUGCACUGAGGAAACACCAGCAUGUGAUCCUGUAACACACACACCUGCUCAACAGGAGUGUGUUAUGGAGUGUGUGGAGCAGGAUGGACAAUCAGACAUCCUCACGCUGAAACAGGAGAGAACGGAGAUCAUCAGUAAAGAGCAGGACACGGAGACUAGAGAUACAACCGGAAGAGAAAACAUCCAGCAGCACAACUCACUCCAACAGCAGCAGUCAGAUGAAGAGUGUGACUAUCUGAAGGCAGAAGAAGGUGUAGAGUGUGGAGAUGCCGCAGCACACAAAGGAACCUGUCCUGAUGAAGGCUCAUUCAGUAUAGAAGCUGAUGAUGUUGCUGAUGCAUCAUGGGAAGGCGGCAGGUUCGACUCGUCCCCCCCACGCCUCGCGUACUCCGGAGCAGACGUGGGAGCAGACAUGGGCGCAGCAACGUCUCUUAAUGAUUACUUCCUGCACAGAGACGGCGUGUGUUCCUACAGCACCGAGGUCAGCUGUAACUCGUCUCUUCCUGAAGUUCACUUCUCCCACGCCGACGAGCGAAUCGUCUCUGCGUCCCACGCCGGCUCGUUUAAAGCCGACAGGCUGGAGGUGUGUAAAUACUGCGGGAAACACUUCCCUCACGCCAGCGCCCUCGUCCUGCACCAGCGCGUCCACACGGGCGAGAAGCCGUACUACUGCGCGCUGUGCGGGAAACGCUUCAGUCAGGCUUCCAGUCUGAAGAAACAUUACAGCAUGCACCGAGGAGAAAAGCCCUUCAGCUGCCUGCACUGCGGGAAACUCUUCUCAGACCAGAGCAACCUGAAGAAGCACGUUAACGUGCACACGGGCGAGAAACCCUACUGCUGCGUGCAGUGUGGAAAAACCUUCAACCAGUCGUCCAACCUGAAGACGCAUAUGAAGAUCCACACGCGGGAGAAACCAUUCAGCUGCGAACACUGUGGUCAGAUCUUCGCCUACAAGAGCAGCCUGGUGAAACAUCAGCAGAGGAACUGCCUUAUCAUGCAGAACUCCAUACAGAACCCCCUGCAGAACUCCAUACAGAACCCCCUGCCUCAGUUUUAGACCUUUCUGGACCUGAAAUUCAUGGUCUACAUCCAGCAUUUUUCUACUGUACAUUGUCAGGGUCUAUCUGGUCUCUUCUGGAUUAAACCUUCCAUAAUUUCUCCAUGGAUUUAGAUGGUCUGUGUUGAUCCAUGUUCUCCAGAGAACAUUUCUGCACAGACACAUUCAGGAGCCUCUGGAGUUUAAAUUAGUUUUAAUAUCAGUGUCUGUGAUAAAAACCUGCAGAUGCUCUUCUUAGGUUCCUGAGUAAAAAAACAACAUAAUUUUGUGUGUGUGUGUGUGUGUGCGCGCGCGUGUGUGUGUGUGUGCGCGCGUGUGCGCGCGAGAUGGUGAGGCAGUUUUUCAGUUUCUUGCCUGUACAUGAACACAGUCACACUCGUGUAGCAGCAACCUUCAGUGCCUCCUUCUCCUUCUUCUUCUCCUUUUUCUUCUUCUUCUUUUUCUCCUUCUUCUCCUUCUCCUUCUUCUUCUCCUUCUUCUUCUCCUUUUUCUUCUUCUUCUUCUUCUUAUUAGCAAUUUGAGUUUUUGUGCAGAAAUAAAGUUUUUUGUGCAGAAAUUAAACAAGUUAUUUAUUACAUUUAGAAAGCUAGCUGAAAAGGAUGAAUGGAAUGAAAGCUCAGGUGUUGGACUUUCUUACCUUUUCUAAAAGAUUGUGUUUAAAUCCUGACACCACCAAGCUCCCACUGCUGGGCCCCUGAGCAAGACCCCUAAAUCCUCCCCUGUGUAGGUGUUCGUCACUCUGAGUAAGAGGGUCUGCCAGAAGCUGCAAAUGUAAAUGGAUGGACUGAUGCUGGGACAGAGGUGUAGAAGCAAACCGAUGGAUGCUCACUAUAAUACUGACUAUGGCCACUUGGGGGCAGCAACACAACAUAACUUCCUGCAGGAACUGAACCGAGUGGAGUUUGUUUUGUACACACACACACACACACACACACACACACACACACACACUUUCUGUCUCUAAUUGACAGGUGUGUCUGGUGGAUGUUCUUGGAGGUCACAUGUUUUGAGUUACUGAUUACGUGUAAAAAAAACACUGUGUGCAUUAAUUUGCUAAUAUCACACACACACACACACACACACACACACACACACACGCACACGAAAUGGUAAAGCUUUUUUAUGUUGAAACUGAGUGACUAAACACAUUUCUCAUCACAACAAAACACAACAGUACAGAGCUGUGUAUUUUUAUUUUUGUGCAUAUUUUCUGUUAUGAUGGGGCGGGCUUAUUUACAGCUCAGUCCCAGGAUGUUUGUGAGAUUUGCUUUCUGCAGAUUCAGUCAUUAUCACCUGGAUAUUAAAACACAAGAGCAGUCACACAAUCACACACUUCUGUACCUUUUAUAUAAAGAGGAUAAUGUGCAUUAA